CUUUAAUUUUUUUUUUUUUAAAGACUCCCUUCAAAUGCACAUUUCUCUCUCUCCACUCUGAUAUUUCUUUCUCUCUCUCUCUCACUCUCUCUCAAUCUUUAUAGCUUUCUUUGGUUUCUGUUUUCUUGAUACGGUGACAGUCCAUAGCAGAGUUUGAGCUUUGAAUUGCUCCCCAAGAAUCCUUUUUUCUUCUUCAGUAAUCAGUAAAAGAAGUUUCAGAGUAAAAGUAGUACACAAUCUGAACUAAGGUUUUUCUGGAAUUUGGCUCGAAUGGAUAUGAGUGGAAAGGAUGAUACUGAGACAGCAAAACGAAACGAGGAUGCUCUGAACUUUCAUUCAGAUAAUAUGCCCUCUGACUGGCAAUUAAACGGUGCCAAUCUUGCGAAUGUGUCGAUGGGAAUGAUUCCAAAUAGCAAUCCGAUGACAGAUUCUUUUUGGGCGAUUAAUUCAGUAAAUUUGGGCUAUCGUGAUGCUAAUGUUCUCCCUGGUGUUAGUAGUGGUUCCAAUCUUCUAGGAUCUGGACUCGAUAGAAAUGUUGGUAUGUUUUUUCCGACGCCUUCUGGGAUGCUUCCUCAAAGCUUACCUCAAUUUCCAGGUGAUUCGGGUUUUAUUGAAAGAGCAGCGAGGUUUUCGUGCUUCAGUGGAGGGAACUUGUGCGAUCCGAUUCCAAUCAACCCUUUUAACACAACCGAGCCUAUGAAUCCUUACGCUAAUAAGGGUGUAAUGCCAACUCAAAAGCCUCGAGAGGUUUUUGUGGGAAACGAAUAUCGGGAUCAUGAAAUGACCAAUGUGGCGGAAAGUUCCAAGGAGGGUUCUUUACCAAUCGAUGGGGCAGCUGAAGGGAGCCGACCAAGGAAUGGUACAAAGAACGAGAAUGCUUUCGAAGCAAAACAAUGUGUUGAAGGUUCCGGAAAUGAGUCCGAUGAACCUGAAUGUAGCAGCCCUGGUGAUCAAGAGGUAUCGGAGGGCACAGGUCGGGAGUCUCCCGCAAAGGGACUUGCCUCGAAGAAAAGGAAACGGGGUGGCCGGCAAGCUGAUCUCGAUAAAAAGGACCAAACUGAAAUUCAGCAAAACUUGAUAUCAAAUGCGAGCAAGCAAGGAGGAAAAAAUGGUAAACAGGGGGCCCAAGCUUCGGAUUCUACUAAAGAAGAAUACAUUCAUGUUCGAGCCAGGAGAGGCCAGGCAACAAAUAGCCAUAGCCUUGCAGAAAGAGUAAGGAGGGAGAAAAUCAGUCAAAGGAUGAAACUUCUUCAGGAUCUUGUACCCGGUUGCAACAAGGUUACUGGCAAAGCGGUAAUGCUGGAUGAAAUCAUUAAUUAUGUUCAAUCACUGCAACGACAGGUUGAGUUCUUAUCGAUGAAGCUUUCUACAGUAAUUCCUCGAUUGGAUUUCAACAUUGAUGGACUACUUGCAAAAGACAUCCUCCAGUCCCAAACUGGUCCUUCAUCUUCGCUAGCUUUUCCACCUGACAUUACUAUGCCUUUUCCCCCGAUAAAUCCCCUUCAAGCUGGUCUUCCCGGCUAUGGAAAUCCCAUCAACGCAUUGCAGAGAACCAUCAACUCCGAAAAAGCAACUGUGAAUGUACCUAGUGUAUGGGACAACGAGCUUCAUAACGUCUUCCAUAUUGGCUUCAAACCAAAUGCUCCCCUCAACAGCCAAGAUCAUAGUUCUCUACCGCCCCAGACAAACAGUGAAUCGUGAACUUUAAGUUGCAUAGCUAUCUAUUAUUGCCUUCAUUUCUCCGAUCUUUUUGCACAUGUUUUGUUCGGUAUCCACAGAUUUCAGAGUUGGCAGUUUGGUUGUAUAGAGUACGAUGAUCGUAAAGAAAGUGAGAAAAGCAGCAGAUGUUAUGGGAGUUUUUUCCGACGAGAAAAGAAAAUAUUGUUCAUCAGGCAUACAGGACAGAUACCCUUUGUAAAUUUCAAUUGUGAAAAUCCGUUUAAAAAUGUUCUUUUUUGUGUUCAGUGUAUCAUGUAGAACCUGAAAUAUGAACUUAUAUUUCAAGAACAGAAAUUGAGAUGAAAUUUCUUUUCCUUCCAGCA